GCAGAGGUGUGGAGGGUACGGAAGACAGUGGUACUAGACGUGCCCAGAGGGCAGCGAGAGAGAGAGGCUGGGGCCUCGACCAGCGGCCAUGGACCCCAUGGGGACAACAGACCCCUCGGUGCCCCCGGGCCCUUUGACUCACCUGAGCCUGCGGGACAGCUCAGAGGCGCGGCUGCAGAGCGACGGGCCAAGCCUCCUGGGGAGUUGGACCAGGUCACCCCCAGAGCAUGCCACCAUCCUGAGGGAAGGUGUGCGGACAUGCCUGCAGCAAAGAUGUGAGCAGACUGUGUGGAUCCUGCAUGCCAAGGUGGCUCAGAAAUCCUAUGGAAAUGAGAAGCGGUUCUUCUGCCCUCCGCCCUGUGUCUACCUCGCCGGUCCUGGCUGGAGGGUGAAACCAGUGCAAGACCAAGCCCACCAAUCUGUGGAGACCGGGCCCACCGUCUGUGGUUACAUGGGACUGGACGGAGCGUCCGGCAGCACUCCCGAGACGCAGAAGUUGAAUUUCGAAGAGCAGCCGGACUCAAGGGAAUUUGGUUGUGCCAAGACCCUGUACAUCUCCGACGCCGACAAGAGGAAGCACUUCCGGCUAGUGCUGCGGCUUGUGCUGCGAGGAGGCCGGGAGCUGGGCACCUUUCACAGUCGCCUCAUCAAGGUGAUCUCCAAGCCCUCACAGAAGAAGCAGUCGCUGAAAAACACAGACCUGUGCAUCUCCUCGGGCUCAAAGGUCUCCCUUUUCAACCGCCUGCGCUCCCAGACAGUGUCCACGCGCUACCUCUCUGUGGAAGAUGGGGCCUUUGUGGCCAGCGCAAGACAGUGGGCUGCCUUCACACUCCACCUGGCUGAUGAGCGCUGUUCCCAAGGGGACUUCCCACCUCAAGAAGGUUACAUCCGCUACGGCUCCCUGGUGCAGCUUGUCUGUACAGUCACAGGGGUCACACUGCCGCCUAUGAUCAUCCGCAAAGUAGCCAAGCAGUGUGCCCUCCUUGACGUGGACGAACCCAUAUCCCAGCUGCACAAGUGCGCAUUCCAGUUUCCAGGUGAUACUCCAGGAGGGGGUGGCACCUACUUAUGCCUUGCCACAGAGAAGGUGGUGCGAUUCCAGGCUUCCCUGUGUCCCAAGGAGGCCAACAGGGCACUGCUCAACGACAGCUCUUGCUGGACCAUCAUUGGCACCGAGUCGGUGGAGUUCUCCUUCAGCACCAGCCUGGCCUGUACUCGGGAACCCGUCACUCCCGUGCCCCUCAUCAACACUCUGGAGCUGAGUGGCGGAGGUGAUGUAGCCACGCUGGAGCUGCACGGAGAGAAUUUCCACGCUGGGCUCAAGGUGUGGUUUGGAGAUGUGGAGGCAGAAACCAUGUACAGGAGUCCGCGGUCCUUGGUGUGCGUGGUGCCAGAUGUGGCGGCCUUCGGCAGCGACUGGCGUUGGCUGCGCACUCCCAUCACCGUGCCCGUGAGCCUGCUGCGUGCGGAUGCGCUCUUCUACCCCAGCGCCUUCUCUUUCACCUACACCCCGGAAUACAGCGCGCGGCCGCGGCCGCCCAACGCGCACGAGCCCGCCCCUGAUGCAGACGCGCUUCUCGAGAGCAUCCACCACGAGUUCACGCGCACCAACUUCCACCUCUUCUGCCCCAGCUAGGCACCGCCCCCUGCGGCGGAUGCCCACCCACAACUGUCCCUGGAAGGGGGUGGGUGUAUAUUCGGCUUCCUUGUCCCAUUACUAUGAAAGGGCAAGAGGGAGGGAGAUUUCUCACCUGUCCUCAGACAUAUGGGAACUGUCAAUCAUGAGUGAUGUUCUAAUGCCUUCAUGGUGUGGACUAUUUCCUGGUUGUUGUUGUUAGGUUGUUUUUGUUUUUCUUUUGUUUUGUAACCUUGCAGAUCCAUCCUUCC